AUGAGUCGCCCGUCACAGAGCACCGACGCCGAAGGGACAGCUUCCAGGUCCUCGAUCUCGGCGGUCAAAGCCCUCCGAGAUCAGGCAGGAGAAGGCACUCAGGCCAUCGACGAGUCUGCGAUGGACCGAAGGGUCAACAGGAAGAUGGACAUUGCCCUUCUUCCGCUACUCUCUCUUCUCUACUUGUUCAAUGGUUUGGACAGGGGAAACGUGGGAAAUGCCCAAACCCAAGGAUUCACUAACGACAUUGGCGCUGUGCCGGACGAUUUGAACCUUGCCGUCUCACUUUUCUUCCUCACCUUUGUCCUAUUGCAACCGCCCUCUGCAGCCAUUGGGAGGUGGCUUGGAGCUAAGCAUUGGAUCCCGAUCAUGAUGGUUGGCUGGGGGCUUGUCACUUUGUGUCAGGCAUUUAUCAAGGGCCGAGAAUCCCUUAUCAUAACCCGCCUUCUGAUCGGCGCCUUCGAAGCCGGUUUCUACCCGACCGCCGUCGCAUACCUUUCGUUUUUUUAUUGCAGAUACGAUCUCGCCGUAAGAGUCGGCCUCUUUUACGGACAAUAUGCGGUUGCAGGUGCCUUUUCAGGGGCAAUCUCAUACGGUGUUUUCCAUUUGAAUAACGGUCGAUUGAAGAAUUGGCAGUAUCUAUUCAUAAUCGAAGGCGCGUUGACGGUGUUCUUCGGUUUGCUCGCAUGGAUUCUCCUUCCCGCCAGCCCUGGCUCCGCUUGGUUCUUGACCGCGCAGGAACGUCGCUUCGCUGCAGACCGGAUGAAGGCGGACAAUGCUCUCUUUGUCGAGCACACAUACGACUCUGAUGGCGUGGAGCAGGAUCGCCUGACGAAGCGCGAUUUCGUCGAAACUGCCAAGGACUGGAAGUUCUGGUACGUUUUGGCGUUCAACAUCUGUGCCAGCGUGCCCGGCCAGGCAUUUUCCGUGUUUCUGCCGCUCGUUGUGCAAGGGCUGGGUUAUUCGUCGAUUGAAGCCAACUUGAUGUCUGUUCCACCUUAUGUUUGCGGCGCCGUUGGCCUAUACUGUUUCACUCUUAGUUCUGACUAUCACAAGGAACGCGGUUACCAUAUUCUGGUAGGAAUCUUGGUUGCCCUCAUUGGCUUGAUCGCAACUGUAACAGUCGAAUCAAGCGGCAGAAAAUAUGCAGCGCUUUGCGUGCUUCUCCUUGGAAGCUAUGUUGCUGCGCCUUUGACGGUUGCGUGGCUUAGUGGCAAUACGCCAGAGCCCGGUAAACGAUCACUCGUCCUCGGCCUCAAUGGCUUCGGUAACAUCGCUGGCGUUAUCGGUGCGCAACUAUACCGUUCAAAGUAUAAGCCUGACUACAAGGUCCCAUUCUAUAUAACACUGGGUUUCGUGGCUGUGGCGCUCAUGGGAUACCUUUCUUACAGGCUCACACUUGCCGCCGUCAACCAGAGGAAGUUGGAGAUAAUGCGGCACAAUUCACAAGAAGAAAUCGAAAAGGAGCGUACGGACGGGACACGGUACGCUGACAAAAAAUGGACGUUCAUAUACGGCCUUUAA